AUGGUGACCAGGAGGAGAGAGGAGGGACCAGGAGCUGGAGAGAGGAGGAGGGACCAGGAGGAGAGAGGAGGAGGAGGGACCAGGAGGAGAGAGGAGGAGGGACCAGGAGGAGAGAGGAGGGACCAGGAGCUGGAGGGAGGAGGAGGGACCAGGAGGAGAGAGGAGGAGGAGGGACCAGGAGGAGAGAGGAGGAGGGACCAGGAGGAGAGAGGAGGAGGAGGGACCAGGAGCAGAGAGGAGGAGGGACCAGGAGGAGAGAGGAGGAGGAGGGACCAGGAGGAGAGAGGAGGAGGGACCAGGAGGAGAGAGGAGGAGGGACCAGGAGGAGAGAGGAGGAGGAGGGACCAGGAGGAGAGAGGAGGAGGGACCAGGAGGAGAGAGGAGGAGGAGGGACCAGGAGGAGAGAGGAGGAGGGACCAGGAGGAGAGAGGAGGAGGAGGGACCAGGAGGAGAGAGGAGAAGGGACCAGGAGGAGAGAGGAGGAGGGACCAGGAGGAGAGAGGAGGAGGAGGGACCAGGAGGAGAGAGGAGGAGGAGGGACCAGGAGGAGAGAGGAGGAGGGACCAGGAGGAGAGAGGAGGAGGAGGGACCAGGAGGAGAGAGGAGGAGGGACCAGGAGGAGAGAGGAGGAGGGACCAGGGAGGAGAGAGGAGGAGGAGGGACCAGGAGGAGAGAGGAGGAGGGACCAGGAGGAGAGAGGAGGAGGAGGGACCAGGAGGAGAGAGGAGGAGGGACCAGGAGGAGAGAGGAGGAGGAGGGACCAGGAGGAGAGAGGAGGAGGGACCAGGAGGAGAGAGGAGGAGGAGGGACCAGGAGGAGAGAGGAGGAGGGACCAGGAGGAGAGAGGAGGAGGAGGGACCAGGAGGAGAGAGGAGGAGGGACCAGGAGGAGAGAGGAGGAGGGACCAGGAGGAGAGAGGAGGAGGGACCAGGAGGAGAGAGGAGGAGGAGGGACCAGGAGGAGAGAGGAGGAGGGACCAGGAGGAGAGAGGAGGAGGAGGGACCAGGAGGAGAGAGGAGGAGGGACCAGGAGGAGAGAGGAGGAGGAGGGACCAGGAGGAGAGAGGAGGAGGGACCAGGAGGAGAGAGGAGGAGGGACCAGGAGGAGAGAGGAGGAGGGACCAGGAGGAGAGAGGAGGAGGAGGGACCAGGAGGAGAGAGGAGGAGGGACCAGGAGGAGAGAGGAGGAGGAGGGACCAGGAGGAGAGAGGAGGGACCCAGCUUUUAA